AUGCUUCACCAGGCCAACCAGCCUCGUAUGCACAAACAAUUUCUGCGUCCUCGCCAAUCAUUUGGUGGCGACUAUAUACUUGCAGAUAAUAGCCUCGUUUUCGGCCCCGGAGGCCAGGCCUCGAUAGUCUCUCCUGCGGAUGCAGAUGGUGGUCCCAACGUUGCAUCGCAGGAUUCGGAUCAGCCUACACCUCAGGACAAGCCCUCGAGCCAGCCCCAGACGAUCAGCGAUGGUUCCACUCCUGGGGCCGCGCUUACAACGCAGGCAGUUACAGAUGAGCCUUCGAUACAAGAGACCCCAAGCCCGAUCAUGAGUUCGGCAGAAGCAAUUGUCACAGAUGGUUCGGCCUCUACCUUACCCCUUACACAGACUUCUGGAACCCUACAACCUCCCUCUGUGAUGUCCCCGAUACCUUCAGCUUCGUCGUCGGAUAGCUUCGUAUCCACCUCUGUGUCUACAAAACCAUCUUCUUCAUCUCAUACUACCCGAGUCUCUUCGUUAUCUUCAUCAACUAGGUCUUCCCAUCCUACCGCAAGCGCUUCUCAUACAUCUAGUGCCUUUGGAUCCGCAUCGGCUGCGCACAGCAUCAGCUUCUACGUCGGGGUAGCCUUAGGAGCUAUCGCAGUCGUUGGACUAAUAAUUGCCUUGUGCGGGUGGUGGUUCCGAAGCCGGAAACGUACGCGACGCCGCGCUCUGGAGAGUACGACGACUUGGCCAUGGGAGAAAGAUGACAUCAGUGGUGUGGGGAGCAGCCAUGACCACUUAGAAACUGGCCCGGUAGCGAGCAGCCCUUUUGAUCAAUGGAGUGGUGAGAGAUUUUCUCGACCAGCCUUUGACGACGGUGCGGUGCUGGCAGAUAGCCACGCAUACUCCCUUCCGCCGCUUUCCAUGCAUACGGCAGAUAUUGGCGGUGCAUACCCGACUAUACAGCUGUGUAGUGCGAACAGCAGUGUGCCCGAUCUCGCUCCGGACAUGGGGACGCUGCAGGUCGUCAACCUCGCUCCAGGAGACAUCUCAAGUGAUGAAGCAAGCCGAACCGGUUCUCUACUUGACGUGACCUCCGUUUCGCGUGUGACGCCAUCCAAUUACGGUACGCCAUACCCUUCUACACCUGGUGAGCGCCCGCGUUUCCAGGGCCUGAACGGAAGCAGGCUUUCCGUCUCGUGGGGCUCUCUGCAGCCCCGAAGGCAACUUACGAGCCUGCAGCGGACUGAACACCCUAAUCGCAUCAGUGAGAAAGACUGGGGUCCCCUACCGUAUCCUGGUGACAAUCGCUCAGAGGCUAACGGGUGGGCUGCCUCGAUCAAGUCCAACCUCGUUAGUGCCUUCAAUGCCGUGGUGGGAGGUAGCAAUGAAGCGCCCCAGGGAGACAGCUUGACCACUGCGCCGAGUCGCCAAGCCCGUACCCAUUGCGAGCUUGAUGAUGUGAGCCCUACAGCGGACAUCUUGAACACUCUUCAUUCCGACCAUCUUGGCUUCGAGGACGUGUCGCUUGAGGAAGAUGCUCAUGAUGAUAUCGGCGCCGUGCAUGUCAGUUUUCCCGAUGAGCCAUCCGACUUGUCUGAAUGGUUCUCUGGUACGUUCAUGGAAGAGGACAUCCCCAGCAGGCCCGCUGCUGCUAUAAAGUCGCGGGACCACGAGAGCGGCAUUGUUCCGCAUCCCCGAAUAGGAUACCUUUCACGAACGAGCAGUGUAUUGUCCAGCGCAUCGGCGGAGGAGCGGAUCCUGUAUCCUGAUCCCCCUCGCCUACCCGACAUCUCAUCUGCAUCGGAAGCGUCCUCGGCUGCUCGUUCUAGUAGGGAUCGUUCGCGCAAAACAACGAUCAAGCCGUCCCGCCUUACGUCUCGCAAGAAGACGCGUACCAUGCGACGUCCGGCUAUGGUAACACGGGUCUCGUCCUCGCUCUGCUCUGUAGGAUCAGAUAUGUCGAGGCUGUCUAGCGUACGAUCUGAACGUUUGACUGAUGCUGAGCAGUUUGCAAGGAGGAUGCUCAAAGAACGGAGGAAGCGGGUCAUGGAAAUGGGGAGAAAACGUACCCGAAUAUCGACGAGGAGAGCUCAGCCAGUGUUUGCAGAUUCAUGA